UAAACUGAGGUUAGAUUCGGUGAGUGGGAGAUAAGGCAUGGGUUGGAGUGUUGGACCAUCUCCACCAUUUGAUCUGUGGUUGGGGUUUUUGUUUCUUUGGUGGGUCUGGAGUGUGGACGACUUCCUUGCUCCUGUAGCACUUCUGCUCCCUGCUCCCCCUCCAAGCAUUUUCUUCUAAUCUCUUGCCUUUGCAUCUGUUCUAGUGGGGAAGCAAGCAUAGGUAAGAGGAGAAAUAGAGCUGCUAUUAUCAUCAUCUGGGUUCUCACAGAUCCAAUCCUCCUAGCCUUCUCUCUGUUGCUGUUUUGGUUUGCAAUUUGAUUUUGAUGGACUGGGAUCAGAAUAGUGAGCGGAAUCCAAACUGUGGAACUUUUUGGUCGAGCUCGGGAUCGGACUUUUGGAGCUGGGCGGCUCGAAGAAGUGAGCUUAUUUUUGUUGCCAUCAACGCCAUGGGAGGGCUUUGCUCGAGGAGAUCCACUGUAGAUGAUGCUCCCAGUGGAAGUUCCUCUCAUGUCAAUGGUCAUCUUCUUGAUCAUGAGUCUGGUGUGGCUUGUCAGUCCCAUGAGUUGCAUUUGAAGGAGGGUAAUAAUUUGACUCCCCCAUCCUGUGGGGAAGGCAUGGAGAAGCAGUUACGAGAAUUUUUGUCUCCAGACCUGAAGAGAAAUCCUUAUGGGAGCAAUCCAGUUGAUGUAAUCGAUGAUGGGAUUCCACGGUUAUCCAGGGCUCUGUCUCGCGAAUCUAGACCAACAAAGUCCAAGCCGGUGGCAGUUGCAAAGGUUUCAGAAGUUGGCCUAAUUUUGGGUAGAGCUGGUACUGUCGGGUUUGGCAAGGCAGUGGAAGUCUUGGACACGCUUGGAAGUAGCAUGACAAAUUUGAACCUAAACAGUGGAUUUGUCUCAGGUGUGGCAACAAAAGGCAGUACGAUCUCAAUUUUGGCUUUUGAGGUUGCAAACACAAUUGUUAAGGGUGCGAAUCUUAUGCAAUCACUUUCAAAGGAAAACAUAAGACAUUUGAAAGAAGUGGUACUUCCUUCAGAAGGAGUUCAAAAUCUAGUAUCAAAAGAUAUGGAUGAACUCCUAAGGAUUGCUGCUGCUGACAAAAGAGAAGAAUUAAAGGUUUUCUCAGGUGAAGUGGUCCGUUUUGGAAAUCGAUGUAAAGAUCCUCAGUGGCACAAUCUGGACCGUUACUUUCAGAAGCUGGGUUCAGAACUUACACCGCAAAAGCAAUUGAAAGAAGAAGCAGAAGCAGUGAUGCAGCAACUUAUGACCUUGGUUCAGUAUACAGCUGAAUUAUACCAUGAGUUGCAUGCCUUCGACAGAUUUGAACAAGACUACCAGCGUAAGCUUCAUGAAGAGGAUAACACAAAUGCUUCUCAAAGAGGAGAUGUCCUUGCAAUUUUGAGACAGGAGUUGAAGAACCAGAAAAAGCAUGUAAGAAGUCUGAAGAAGAAAUCACUAUGGUCCAAGAUCUUAGAAGAGGUGAUGGAGAAGCUUGUAGACAUCGUUCAAUUCUUACAUCUACAGAUCCAUGAUGUCUUCGGCAGUGCUGAUAGAGAUAGACCAGUGAAAGGAUCUCAGACUAACAAUCAAAGAUUGGGCCCUGCUGGUCUUGCUUUGCAUUAUGCGAAUAUAAUCUCUCAAAUUGAUACACUUGUUUCCCGUUCAAGUUCUGUGCCUCCAAAUACCAGGGAUACAUUAUACCAAGGACUGCCACCUAGUAUAAAAUUGGCCUUACGCUCUAAAUUACAGUCAUUUCAGAUCGAAGAACAGCUUACUGUUACACAAAUCAAAGCCGAGAUGGAGAAAACUUUACAGUGGCUAGUUCCAAUUGCCACUAACACAACAAAAGCCCAUCAUGGUUUUGGCUGGGUUGGCGAGUGGGCAAAUACAGGGUCUGACGUUAACCGAAAGCCAGCAGGGCAAACUGACUUAAUUCGGAUGGAGACAUUUCACCAUGCUGAUAAGGAGAAGACCGAAGCUUAUAUGCUUGAAUUGGUAGUGUGGCUUCACCAUCUCAUCAGCCAAUCAAGAUUUGUGCCCCCUUUGGGCAUAAGGUCUCCCAUUAAAUCUCCAAUCCGCUCUCCUACGCAGAAAAUAUUUCCACUGGCCACACACAAACAAAAUGCUCCUUCACCUGCCCUUACUGUUGAAGACCAGGAGAUGCUGCGGGAUGUGAAUAAAAGGAAACUGACACCAGGAAUAAGUAAAAGUCAGGAAUUUGAUACUGCAAAGACGAAGUUAAGUAAGCACAAUAGGCUGAGCAAGAGUAGUAGUCACUCGCCGACGAGCGAAAGCAAGGAAGAAUGCUUCCCUAUUGGGAGGCCAUCUUCCCUUCAUGUGAUGGAUUUUGAUAUUGACAGGAUCAAGGCUUUGGAUGCCAUUGACAGAGUAGAUACACUAAGAAGUUUGUAACAUCUGUUGAUGAUCAUGGAACAAAUGGGAUAAGCAAAAGGCUGCUCGUGUACGGAUGCAUGUUUGUAGAUUGGAAGGCCCCAUCAUCCGUCAUGAUUAUCGCAUCUGAGCCAAUAUGUGAUUUAGGAAUGGAUUGGAGACCCCAAGAUUCGAUCCGUUUGUUCUUGAGGGCGGAAAGUUUGUGUAAGAUAACUAGGGAGACCCUGUGUGAUGAGAAUAGAUGCACCAUAAUGGUGAGAGAUGCCCAUGGUGAGUUGUAUUGUACUACUGGAAUAGAAUUCUGAAACAGUGGGUUCAUCAGUUAUAUAUGUACAUAAAAUGAAAAUGUAAUAAUUCAAUGUCACGAUUUUGUUCCA